GUUUCGUUUCCUGAUGAAUUCGAAGUGAACUACCACACAUAAAGGUUGCCGUUAAUAACUGUAAUAUAUUAUAUAGCCUAACAUAUGCGUAAAGUAACCGAUUGGAAAAAAAUAAGCCUUCAAUGUUAAACGCGACGGAUGUGUAGGGCUGGCCAACAUCUGGAAUCUAGAAAUAAUUAACUUGAUGUCACGAGUCCUAGCUGCUAUUACGCCAGUAUACUGCAUUUGGUUUUCAUUGAAGUUGUUAUAAAAACCUAAGACACAACAUGGAGUAUCAAGCAACAGGACAAACACCUUCUGGAUACCUCAACCCUGGAUACUCAAUAUCAUCCGAAGUCGGACCAGGGAUGUCCGCCCCGCCCCUAUCCGAAGGCCCAAGCGCGCCCACAUUCAAUAUCGACUUCGACAGCGUGCCUGGCUAUGAAGGGACAGUGGCUGGAGGCGGAGGUGGAUUCCUUCCUCCUCCAAUGCCCUCCUUCCCUAAUCCCCCCCCACCACAGCCUGAACCCUCACAAGCACAAUGGAACAUCCCGUCUAUAAGUGAAGACACAGCCCGUGAGGCAUUGGCCCUGUACGCCUCUAGUAAGUGCUGCUACAGCUCAGCCCCUGCAAAGGAUGGUGUGAUAACCAAUAUGGAAGCCUUCAACACAUACAGGUAUCGCCUGGAAACCUUUACUGAGUCAAGAUCCACAGAGUGGAGUCAGAAGCCCUACCAUGGCGAACCUGUGGAUGCCUUUACUCAACCCAUCCCAGGACCCUGGGAUAUCAUUGCUCAAGCCCCCACUCUCUUCAAGGAUAGUAAACAGGUUAUCAAGGUUCCCUACACAUCAUCAAUGAAGAACUGCCAUUACUGUAUGGGUAUGGGGAGAGUGGCUUGCAAACAAUGCGCAGGAGCUGGCAAUAAAGUCUGCUGGGUGUGCCAUGGCUCUGGGAAUAACCAUGGAGAUGAGCGUAAUUGCCACCACUGCAAUGGCAGAGGGAGAGAAAAUUGCACCCCAUGUCAUGGCCAGGGAUCGACAGAAUGCUCAACGUGUCAUGGACGACGCCAGCUGUUGGUCAACAUCAACCUGACUGUGAAAUGGACCAACAAUUCCAGUGACUAUAUUGUGGAACAGUCAAGUGGUCUACUGUUGGAAAACCUGAACCAAGUAACUGGCAAGGAGCUUUUCAAAGAUGCUCAGUACCUGGUGUACCCUGUGAUGGGGUUCCCUGACCUGAAUGUGGUGAGUGCAGCAGAGCGCCUGAUUCGGGAACACCAGACCACAUACUCUGCAACAUCUCGCAUUCUACAGCAGCGUCAAACUAUUGAGUUGAUCCCCAUAACCAAGGUGACCUACAAAUGGAAGGGGAAAUCACACAUUUACUUUGUUUAUGGGAAUGAGUUUAAAGUUAAUGCUGACAAUUACCCAGCUACUUGUUGCUGUACAAUAAUGUAACUUUACUGAUAUGUGUAAAUGCUUUUGAACGUUUCAGACCACAUAACUUACUAUGCAGUGCAUGUUACUAACUAUGCAGGCUUUACUAACCACCACUGAAAACACAACUACUAUACUUAAAAAUCAUACACUCAUCUCAUAUUAUUUCAAUCUGUUUCUAAAGGUAAUUUUCUACAAGAUUUUUUUGGCGAUAUAACUAUGAUUUUUAUGUGUUGAUAUGUUAUAAUAAUACGUCUGUAUGCGGUAUGUUGAAGUGUAUAAUAAAAUAGUUCAAUACAA